AUCCCGCAGAUACGGGCCUGCCUUCUGUACUGCCUGCAUGCCUCCGCUGUGUAUAGACCGUGAGAGGAAAGAAGGGGGAGUAGCCUGGGGGAGUAGCCGCACUCGCAGCGUUCAUUCUUGCUCAACACCACAGCAUUCUGCACAUCGGCGUUACUGAGAGAGCGCAGCCUCUCAUUGCAGGGAGGGACAAUGACCAGAGUGGCAGCGGCAGAUCGAAGAGGACUCAUCAGAGAACUGGUUUCACUUCACUCUGCUUCUAUUUCUGCAUCUGAACCUACGGAAACAUGAGGAGGAGAUCUGAAACUUUCUAAGUCGUCUUUUGGUUUAGGAUUCUUUUUGUACUGACUCAACUCAAAGGAAAGUCAAAUGUGGAUUUGUUGAUAUACAAGUCGGUAGGGUUGAGAAUCACAACGCCAUGAUGACCUCCACUUUCACGACCCCGAACACCUCAAAAGCGUGUAACACCAGCGAAGAGGUGGACGACAAAAUGCUCCAGACCCCGCUGGCCGUGCUCUACUCCAUCAUCUUCAUCCUGGGUCUCACCGGGAAUCUGGUGGCUCUCUGGGUUUUCUUCUUCGUUCACUCCAAGAAGAACUCCCUACGGAUCUUCCUCAUGAACCUGGCGUUCGCGGACCUGCUGCUGGUCGUCUGUUUGCCGUUCAGGAUCCAGUACCACCUCCAGCAGAACGAGUGGGAGCUAGGGCACACAAUGUGCAAGCUAGUGGGCUACCUCUUCUACAUGAACAUGUAUGUCAGCAUCACCCUGCUGGGGCUGAUCAGCAUCGACCGCUACCUGAAGAUCUACGGCAGUGCGCGUACUCGGCAUAAUCUGAGCUCCCCGAGGUGGAGCAUCAUCGUCUGCGCCAUCAUUUGGGCAGUGGCCCUGGUUUUCAUGAUCCCAUUCGUCCUUGAAAGCAAUGACAAAUGUGUCAAUGCAAAAAGGUGUUUCCACUACAAGACAAUUCCGCAGGAAGGCAUGCUGAAAGUACACAUCAACAUCUUUGUGCUGGUCGUCUUCUGGUUGGUCUUCGUCUCUCUGGUGUUGUCCUACGGAAAGAUCGCCCUGAAACUCCUGCGGAGGUCGCAGCAGAGACCGGACCUGCCCACAGCCCCCCACUACAGUCGAGUUGCUCGCAAGUCCUUCUUUGUCCUGUUUCUGUUCGUCAUCUGCUUCGUCCCCUAUCACGUCUUCCGGGUCUUCUACAUAAAAACCCAGAUCACCAAGGAGACCUUGGAGAUGCGCAACUUGGCCGACAAGUUCAACGAGAUUUCGCUGGUGUUUUCCGCUCUCAACAGCUGCCUGGACCCCGUCAUGUUCUUCCUGCUGUCCGCCUCAAUGAGGAAGGAGGUGCGGCGCUUCAUGUCGAGUGUGUUUUGCACCCGAGACAUCAGCGGAACCAGCGGGGCUAACUCCAGCACCGAACAGGACAGCAGGAGUGACAAGAGACAGUCGAAUGCCCUCGACAAUAUGAACGAGAAAAAAUAUGUUUUAUAAAGCUCCAGCUGAGCUGGAGAAUAAGCAGAACCAGAGACUUAAAAACUGGGACUCCCAGUUUUUGUCUUCAACUUUGAAAAAUUCAAUGUGGGGACUGAUGGAUAAGGCAACAAAGUUUCUCCUCUGUGUAUCAGGAGCCUGGCAGGUCAUCAGACUUUACUUGUCCCCCCAGCAGGCUAAGCGCCAUUUAUUUAUUUUAAAUAGUGUUUGCUAUAUACCAAUAACAGUGAAAGUAAAGACAGAUAAAGUUCUAUAGUUGACGCAUUGAACUGGGUGACCACCUGCACCUGCCUGUUGGCCUCACACACUAUUACUUCCAACUUAUGAUGCCUGCUUGUGCACCUCCAAAUUUUUGUAACUUUACAAGUUUUUAAACACAAAAGCAUGUUGGGUUGCUGGAGGACUGCCCUGGUGCCCCUACCACCGGGUUUCGAAGGUUUUCUGGGGGAAACUCUGCAUGUAGCCAAAAAUAUUAGCUCUAUUUAUGCAUUUAUUGCUAGUAUAACUAUUUAUAUACAUAUAUAGGGAAGGAGCAUGAUGUAAUGUGUCUUGCAAAACUAUUUAAACCCCUUGACUUUCACAAUUCAUCACAUUACAAAUGCAAAAUUAAAUGUAUUGUAUUUGGAUUUUUGUGUUUCAGACGUAUGGAUGCGUUUAACAGCCAGAGGCACAAAUUCAGGUGCAGAAUCUCAUUAAAAUAAAAAGUUUCUUGUUAAUAUAUAACAAGAUUUACAAGUCAUUAAAACUAAAAUAGGCUCCCUUUUAAACAAGAAAGUUUGUACCAGUCAAGUUUGUACAGCUAGAUAUUUAGGAGAAACAAGAGUGAGAAGAUGGAGUCAGAGGGAGAUCCUAAGUCAUAAUCUGUCAGAGAAACAUAUUUUUACACCUUACUGUAGCAAAACUUUGUCGUUACAACAAGAUACUUCUGAAUUGAUGGCAGGUGAACACUUCCAUACAGACCAACACAAAGCAAUGCAUAAAUGUGGAGCAAAAUGAAAAGGAGUCAUGGUUUUUCAUUCAUCCAUAAUCUAUACCCCUCAAGGCAGGGCGAGUGUUUACUUCUUCUUAAAUAAAAAUCUGAAAAUGUGGUGUACAUACUCAACCCUCUUGACUCUGAUUCCCCUAAAUCCACUGAAACCACAGUAUAAAUCGUAGCAGCCUCGUUUACUAAAAUUCACUUACUACAAAGAGCGACUUUUAGAUUUUAAACUCUACAUUACAUUUUACUAAGUACAAGUUAUAGCCAUCUGUUAAGUUUACCAUUUAAGAAAUUUGUCAGAUUUGUAGGUGUUGAUUCAACUUGAAGCACAAGUUGGGGAAGGAAAGAGAAAAAAAAGGCGAGAAAAUAAAACCUCGAAGUUAUCCAUCAUGCUGCCCAUUUGGGAAUUUGUCUGAUUUGAUUGAACUUGGAUUUGCAAGUCAUCAAUUUGAAAAAAGGAGAGGAGGAAAUAAAAAGCAGACGAGGCAUUUGCUGUAACUUUUGAGUCAAACAAUCUUCCUUGAACCAAGGGAACCCUGAAGAAUGGGAAUGUAAAUAUAUACACUGCAUAUUGGUCAUAUACUAAAAAGGGCUUAUUAAUCAAAGCAGCCGUUUUAUUUUUUUAUUAUGUAUAAUAUGCUUCUCUGCCAGGGGCGAAGUGGCCUGGGGGGCGUCCAGAAGCCAAAACAUUUCUUUAAUGAGCCUAAAGGAGUUUUCUUUAGCUUAGUUGCAUGUUCAUCCUCUGUGUGAUGAUGCUGAAGUUGAUUGUCUGUGUUUUAAAAAGUCUGUGCUGCAUUUAUCAGCCUGUAGUUCCAAAUGUUAAAAGUUUACGCCAGACUGAGCAGGAAUGAGUUCAAUCCUGAGCUGAGUUUCAUUAACUCUUUAUUUUAGAAGUGAAAACAAAAAGGAAACUUUUAUGGGGGCGGCUAUAAAAGGACCAGUGGUCAAACCCGGAUUUAAUAAUUGUGUAUUUAUUAGAGAUGCUUUAAAACACAGGUUGUGAUUUAUUAAAAGCUUGCUCUGUAUGGUAGAACAAUAGAGAUUAUUAAAAUGCUCUCAGAGAUCUGCUCAGAAACAUUUGUCUCCGUCCAGUCUUCAAUCCAACAAUCAAAAUAAAUGUAGAUACAAUCAAUGUUUAGUUGUUUUGUUCCCCGGUUUGGACGUUGCCAGGGAGGGAGCAGGAGGUUGUGUUUAGGUUAUUAUGGGGUAGCAGAAUGGAGGAAGGGUGAUUGAAAUGUUAUUGAUUAUUUAAUUAGGUUACUCCUCUGAAAAAUCAUCCAGGUUUGUUUAAGAGAGUCUCACUAAGUCUGAGAAAUGAGGAAAGACUAGAAGAGAAUCAUGUAUUUCGUCAUAUAAAAUGCAAUAAACAUCUGAUCACUACAGGAAUCAAUAUACAUGAUUGCUGCUAUUUGCUGUUUUAUUUGAAGUGAUUUGUGUUUCUGAAGUGUGUGCAGUUGACCUCUUGACCAGAGAACCCAUGGAAAAGACACCCCAGUCUCAAAUAUUUGAUGUAUUCAUUUAUUUAUCUGGUUAAAUAAAGGGCCAUAUUCUUCAGUAUUGGUAGAAAACUGACAAGGAGAGGAUCAUAUUUCAUAAAGACUGAAUAAACAUCUAAAAACAU